AUGAACAAUCUGUGGACCCAGACAUGGGACGUGUCUCGAAGCUUCGCGCCUCCAUCCAAUCCGGGGGCUUCUGGAAGAGCAGGAGCAUCAAGUAUCGCGCCGGCAGGCCCGGAUUUCACGGCGUUCAACGCGGAGGUGGCGGCGAUUGAGGAGGAGAUCAAUAAGGCGAACAAUGACGUCAGAGAGGUGCGUAACGCGCACAACCUGACGUUACAGGAGGCGCGCGCGGAGAAGCUCGAGGAGCUUCGGAAAGACGCGGCGCGGUCGUCCGCGCAGGCCAAGAAUCGCACGAGGAAGAUAAAAAAGAUGCUGGAGGAGUUGAAGCGGAACAACGAAGCGAAUCGCAUGCGGCCCGGAAGCGGCCCGGGAACCGCGGAGGAUCGCCACCGGACGACUAUUACCGUUGGAUUAGCGGAGCGCCUGCGCGGGCUUCACCAGCUAGUGCUGGUGGUCGAAGGGGAGAUUAAGAACGAAAGCCGGAAGAAAUUACAGCGGCAUUUGUUCAUGGUGACGGGGAAACCGGCGACUGACGAGAUGCUGGAUGAGAUUCUUGAGCACGGGCAGAGCGAGGAUGUGCUGAAAAGGGCUGUGCAGAUGCAAGGCCGCGAGGCGAACAUUAAAGAAGACCAGCUGCGAGACGCCGUCGUGGACAUUGACGAAAAGAUGGACGUCGUGUUACAGGUUACCAAGGAAAUGGUGGAGCUGCAGGAAAUGUUUAUGGAUAUGGCGGUUAUGGUGGAGGCGCAGGGAGAGUAUCUGAAUCAAAUCGAGGCUCACGUGGGGGAUGCGGUGUCUCAUGUCAUGGACGGGAACAAAGAUCUCGAGAAAGGCGUGAAGAUUCAGCGCAACACGCGUCGCACGUACUGGUUGAUCGCCUCCAUUGUGUUAAUCAUCGCCGCCAUCAUCCUCGCGUCCGUCGCGUCGCUCAUCGUGUCGGCGACCCCGGAGAGCUCGCGUGGUGUCGCCGUCGGCGUGGUGAUUGUUGUGGAGAUUGCGCUUAUAGCGGGGGCUGAGUCCAGUUGGCUGGAAACGUCACCGUUCCCAUACGAUGUGUUGCUGGUGAAUAAUUAUGUGCGUCCUUAG